AUGAAGUUGUUUGCGGUCCUGGCUGGUCAUGCCAAGUAUAUCUGGCUUUCCAGUGCGGCCGUCCGUCCAACUCAAGAUAACGUGGUCACUAUGGGUAUUCUGGUGCAUGUUAUUCACGGAGUACCGAACCAAACGUCCUCCAGUCCAGUGAUUGUGCGAAAAGAGCCCUUCGAGGAAGUCGGUCGACUGGCAUACGCAGCACGUGGCCAAGCCAGCGCAGCCUAUGCAGUGUGA